ACUCUCACGCGCGCCGCCCGCUGGUACACCGACAUCCAGAAGAUUAACUCGACAAGAUGACGGUGAAGAAGCGGCCCUCGGACCUGACGAGUCUGGAACGGUUCAACCUGUACUACAGGGAGAAGGAGGAACCGAUGACCACGGGGCAGAAGUUCAAACGAUACUUAUGGAACCCUAAGACGAGAGAGUUCUGUGGCAGGACCGCGUCCAGCUGGUCCAAAAUCACGCUGUUCUACUUCAUCUUUUACCUGGCGCUGGCACUCCUAGUGGCCAUUUGCAUGUGGACCUUCCUACAGCAGCUAGAUGCACGGGAACCAAUGUGGCAGCUGGAGAAGAGCAUUAUCGGCACCAACCCAGGACUAGGCUUCCGACCUAUGCCACCAGAGGUUGCGAGUAGCGUCAUCUGGUAUAAGGGCAAUGAUCCCAAAAGCCAACAGUUCUGGGUGAAGGAAACGUCUAAAUUCUUGACAGCGUACAAAAGAGAUGGGAAAAAGGCCGGUGCCGGCCAGAACAUCCACAACUGCGACUUCAAACUGCCCCCGCCUGCUGGAAAAGUCUGUGACGUAGACAUCAGCGCUUGGGGCCCCUGUGUUGAGAACAAUCACUUUGGCUUCCACAAGUCCACGCCUUGUAUCUUCCUCAAACUGAACAAGAUCUUCGGCUGGAAGCCUCACUUCUACAACAGUUCUGAUCACCUUCCCAAUGAUAUGCCUGAUGACUUGAAAGAGCAUAUCAGGAAUAUGACAGCAUACGACAAGAAUUAUUUAAACAUGGUGUGGGUAUCGUGCCGGGGUGAGAACCCCGCGGACAGGGAGAACAUCGGACCGAUACUAUACAUGCCAUACCGGGGAUUUCCCGGAUACUACUUCCCUUACACCAACCAGGAGGGUUAUCUCAGCCCGCUAGUCGCUGUCAACCUGCAAAGACCUAAGACGGGAAUGCUGAUAAACGUUGAGUGUCGUGCGUGGGCGCACAAUAUCAAGUACGACAGGCACGAGGGCAUGGGAUCCGUCCAUAUUGAAAUCAUGAUCGAGUAGAACACAGUAGCAGUAAACAACGCUAAGACCAAAGAUCCGAAAAUACCAAAGAAUUGAUGGCGGCUUAACAUGAGAUGUUUCUAGUUCAAUUACUUCAUAAAGAAGACCCGAAAGAUCGAUAAUUGAAGUUCCUUUCAAUUUGAAUAGAGAAAAUAUUAGUGUUAUUAUAAUAGAUAAUGUCGAAUGGUUUGAUAAUAAUACCAUUGUGAGUGUCAUUUUGCUUGCUAUACUUAUAAAUUACGUGAUCAAAAGUUCCCUCCAAAGCAAAAAUAUUUUUUUCAUAUUAUUUAUUUAUUAUCAUUAGAAAUGAAUGAAAUAUUUCAAAACAAAAAUAUGUAUUAGCGAAAAAAAAUAUAAUAACAAAAUAGUGGAAAAAUCAAUGUAAAAUUUGUAAAGUUUCCUAACGAUACAUUUAAGAGUGUUUGGGUCUCAAAAUUAGUGUAUGUUACAUGUUUGAUGAGUGAGAUUAAUUUGUAAUUUAUUUAAAAUAAAAUAAAUCUGAUGUUCGUUUC